AUGACAAGAGCAGAGUGGGGCGCCCCCCGAGGCAGUGCGAAAGAGCUCACUAGAGCUCAUGCGAGCCUACGCCUACCUCAAGCUGGCAUCCGUGACACCCCGCAUCCCCUGGUGCUGAUCGAUGUCGCGCAUGAGCCCUGCAAGAGAACAGAGGUAGAAAGAGGUAAUAAGAGUGCGAGUUUCGACACCGCUCUGAGAAAGAUAGGCGACCUCCUCGCCAUACUCAUACCUUUGAUCGAAAACCAGCGUCCCGAAGAGUGUGAGAUCGCUCUAUUCGCAUCCGUCGUGUAG